GGAGUAAGCCCCAAGCGUCUAGCCGGGCUUACCCUCUAAGUAAAACGUGCGCCGAGAUGGAGCUGCGCACAGCUGCUAAGCUGUCGCCAAAAAGGACUCGCGCCAAAAAUAAUUUCAAAAACUGAAGAUGGGGGGAGGGGGGGACAGAAACAGAACGGCAGAGUUGGACUGCACCUCUGCCUCUAACUUGGCAUCGGAUCGGGCUGUUAAUUUAAAUGCGAAGCAAAUGAAGGAGACUGUAAAGCGCCCUUCCUCCCGUCUCCAGGGAGGGUUUUUCUGAGCGUGUAGUUCGGGGAGAUUGCGGGGCCUUAAAAAAAACAAAACCCCACAGCCCUUUCAAUUAACGUCGAGAACCAGCAGCCGCCUGGCCACCAGGGCUCUGCUAUUAAAACACACACACACGCAGCCCCUCCUUCUUCCAGCAGGUUUCCCCUGCAUUUCCCUCCUUACUGGCCCGUCCUUCUUUGAGGAAGGUCCGGGUGCUGCAUGGCUUUAGGAACACCGGCGGCUUCGACGUUCCAUCGUCUGUGCCGGGUGUCCAGCAAAUUUCAUUUACAUUCUCGAACUUUGCUUCGAGACCCUGCCCCCCCCCUCCAAGCCAAAGCUUUUCCUGAAACUGGCUUUUUACAUCCUCCCUGAUUCUCCCUCCGUUCGAUUUUAUUAGCAUUUACUCAGAAGUAAAUCCUCCUAUGUUCAAUCAGGCUUAUGCCCAGGUAAAAUGUAAUGGGGGUUGCGGACUGCAUGGUUUAUCUAGGAAACAAUCUCAUUAAAUCUACGCGAGAUUUACCUCAGAAUAAUCAGGUUCGGGCUGCACACACCUUGUAGUGUGUGUAUUUAUUAAUAUUAAGGCUGCUGGUUUCUUAGCAAUUAAGAAAAUCCACAACCCCUCCUCAAAAAAUGCGCAAGGAACGUGUCAAAAUACAAAAUGUUUAGAGCGUUCUAGUCAGUCACAGUUUCCAUUCGCAUGCAAAUGAGAGAGAGUAAAACAAUAACCGUACAUUAUCGUGUGAACCGGGAAGCACUGCCCACUUUAAAAGUGCAUCAUUUCUGCACUGGAGAAAGACCUUGGACAUUGUGGAUGCAGGCAUAGCUUCCAGCUUCCUUCCACUUUUUCUCCCUGUUUUCUAAUUGACGGUGACCUCUUCAAAGAGUUAAAAGAACAAGUCUGCGGAGUUAACUGUACCAGAUGCGUUUGCCAUCAAGUUGCACUUCUCACCACUAGUAUCGAGUGUGAGACUCAAGCCAGACCAGCAGUUUUUGUUCCUAAAUGCUGAGCCACCUAAAGGAAAAUAGAUCUUGUUAUGUGAAGCUUCAAAGGGCCUAGUCAUUAGCUGCUACGGGAUAGGAAGUGCUUGUGGAACACUCAGCUUGAGGGAUUUUAAUGGCUUUCAGGUAGAAUCUAAGUGGAGACAAUCAAAAUGAAUUCUAUGGACAGGCACAUACAGCAGACCAAUGAUCGGCUGCAGUGCAUAAAACAGCACUUACAGAAUCCUGCCAACUUCCACAAUGCAGCUACAGAACUCCUGGAUUGGUGUGGCGACCCAAGAGCAUUCCAGAGGCCCUUUGAGCAGAGUCUGAUGGGCUGUUUAACGGUUGUUAGCAGAGUGGCAGCACAGCAGGGCUUUGACCUGGAUCUUGGAUACAGGCUGCUGGCCGUCUGUGCAGCCAACAGAGACAAGUUCACACCAAAAUCAGCUGCGCUGCUCUCAUCGUGGUGUGAGGAACUGGGACGGCUCUUGCUGCUGCGUCACCAGAAAAGUCGGCAAAACGACCCUCCUGGGAAGCUACCCAUGCAGCCACCCAUGAACUCCAUGAGCUCCAUGAAACCCUCCCUUUCUCACAGGUGCAUAUGUGACGGCUGCCAUCUUGACAGACCCCAGAGAUUGAAACGGGGACCUCCAGAGCUGAAAGCUGAUGGGUCUUUCCCUUAUGAUUCUGUUCCUUGGCAGCAAAACACCAAUCAACCACCAGGCUCCCUGUCAGUGGUCACUACAGUAUGGGGUGUGACUAAUACCUCCCAGAGUCAGGUGCUGGGAAAUCCUAUGGCAAAUGCUAACAAUCCUAUGAACCCAGCAGGAAAUCCCAUGGCUUCUGGGAUGACUACCAGCAAUCCUGGCAUGAAUUCACCUCAGUUUGCUGGACAGCAGCAGCAGUUCUCAGCAAAGGCAGGCUCCACUCAGCCAUACAUACAGCAGGGCAUGUACGGACGGCCCAACUAUCCAGGGAGUGGGGGUUUUGGGGGAAGCUACCCAGGAGGCCCUAAUAAUCCUGCAGGAAUGGGGAUCCCACCCCACACCCGGCCGCCUGCUGAUUUUACUCAACCAGCUGCUGCUGCUGCUGCAGCAGCAGUUGCAGCAGCUGCAGCUACAGCCACAGCUACAGCCACAGCAACUGUUGCAGCCCUUCAGGAAACACAGAACAAGGAAAUGAACCAGUAUGGACCGGUUUGUUCCUCUUUCCAGAUGGGUCCAACUCAGGCUUACAACAGCCAAUUCAUGAACCAGCCUGGCCCUCGGGGCCCUGCUUCCAUGCCGGGCAACUUGAACCCCGCAACCAUGGGAGCAGGAAUGACACCUUCCAAUAUGAGUGGGCCACCUAUGGGCAUGAACCAGCCCAGGCCACCUGGAAUGAAUCCCUUCAACCAUGGGCAAAGGAUGCCACAGCAAGCCUACCCUGGCCCACGUCCCCAGACUUUGCCUAUGCAGGGCAUGAAGAGACCGUAUCCAGGAGAGCCAAAUUAUGGAAACCAACAGUAUGGACCAAAUAGCCAGUUUCCAUCCCAGCCUGGUCAGUAUCCGGCUCCCAACCCUCCAAGACCCCUAACAUCUCCCAACUACCCUGGACAAAGAAUGCCAAACCAGCAAAACACAGGGCAAUAUCCUCCUUCAGCAGUCAACAUGGGACAGUAUUACAAGCCAUCGAGGCCUGUUCCUGUGGCAAAUUACCCUCACUCACCUGUUCCAGGAAACCCCACGCCACCUAUGACUCCAGGGAGCAAUAUUCCUCCAUACCUGUCCCCUAAUCAGGAUGUCAAACCACCAUUCCCACCUGACAUUAAGCCAAAUAUCAAUGCUUUACCACCACCUCCAAAUGCUACAGGGAAAGUUCACGCUUUCUCUCCCUCUUCGAUCCCAGCCAACCAUAAUGAUGAACUGCGCUUGACGUUCCCUGUGAGAGAUGGGGUUGUAUUAGAACCAUUCCGGCUGGAACACAAUUUGGCAGUCAGCAACCAUGUAUUUCACCUACGGCCCACUGUCCAUCAGACGCUAAUGUGGAGGUCAGACUUGGAGUUACAGUUCAAGUGCUAUCACCAUGAAGACAGACAGAUGAACACUAACUGGCCAGCAUCAGUCCAGGUCAGCGUCAAUGCAACUCCACUUACGAUUGAACGUGGCGACAACAAGACAUCACAUAAACCCCUGCAUCUAAAGCACGUCUGCCAGCCAGGAAGAAACACAAUUCAAAUUACCGUCACAGCAUGCUGUUGUUCACAUUUGUUCGUGUUGCAGUUAGUACACCGGCCAUCGGUGCGUUCUGUACUGCAGGGCUUACUAAAGAAACGUCUCCUUCCAGCUGAGCACUGUAUCACUAAAAUCAAGAGGAAUUUCAGUAGUGUGGCAGCUUCCUCUGGCAAUGCAACCCUUAAUGGUGAGGAUGGAGUGGAACAGACAGCUAUCAAAGUGUCUCUGAAAUGUCCGAUCACAUUCCGACGUAUCCAGCUUCCAGCAAGAGGCCAUGAUUGCAAACAUGUACAGUGCUUUGAUCUGGAAUCCUACUUGCAACUGAACUGUGAACGAGGGACGUGGAGGUGUCCAGUAUGCAAUAAAACAGCUUUGCUGGAGGGCCUGGAGGUCGACCAGUAUAUGUGGGGCAUUCUGAAUGCUAUACAAAACUCAGAGUUUGAGGAAGUCACAAUCGACCCAACAUGCAGCUGGAGGCCUGUCCCAAUCAAGUCAGACAUUCACAUCAAAGAUGAUCCAGACGGCAUUCCUUCCAAGAGGUUUAAAACCAUGAGUCCUAGCCAGAUGAUCAUGCCUAAUGUGAUGGAGAUGAUUGCAGCUUUGGGUCCAGGCCCAUCACCUUAUCCCUCAAUCCCACCUCCACCUGGUGGCAACAGUUCCAAUGAAUACAGUAACCAAGGUAACAGUUACCAAGGCCACAGCAAUUUUGAUUUUCCCCACGGGAAUCCUGGUGGAACUUCCAUGAAUGACUUCAUGCAUGGGCCGCAGUUGUCACACCCUCCAGACCUGCCCAGUAGCAUGGCAGCUCUUGACAAACCCCUAAGUCACCCCAUGCAGGAGCCUAUCCCUCAUCCCGGCAGCACUGAUCAGUCCCAUAGUUCCAUGCAGCAAGGUUUGCACGUACCUCAUCCCAGCAGCCAGUCAGGGCAGCCAUUACAUCACAGCGGUCCUCCUACCCAGCAGUCCCGGCAGCCACCACAGGCCACUUCUAGCAACCAUCCACACAAUGAUCUGGCCUUUAACCCCUCCUCAGCCUUAGAAGGUCAGGCUGGUGGGCAGGGAACAUCUGAUAUGCCGGAGCCUUCGCUGGAUCUUCUUCCAGAACUCACGAAUCCAGAUGAGCUACUUUCAUACUUAGAUCCUCCUGACUUACCAAGCAAUAGCAAUGAUGACCUUCUUUCUCUUUUUGAGAACAACUGAAGCCUUCUGUGUUUUGUCCCCAACACCUCUCGCUUGUUUUGACACAUCUGUAGCUUCACAGUGAGGAAUCCCAAACCACCUUUUUUUCAUGAGGACAAACUCACCACGUAAACAUAUAGUGCACACUCCCUGCUUACUUCAUCUCAGAACUGCUUGAGUCAAGCUUCAUUACCUGUGGUGGGGAAAAGCAAGAGGACAAUAAGGUGGUGACCUCAUAGAGUACCACUCUACAUCACAGAUCAUUUGUGCCGCUGCGGAAAACCUCACUUGUUAAUUCUACAGAGAGAUAAGUGUUUUGGGAUAUGCAUAGUGAGAUGUAGCCCAGUAGAAACCAGUCUUGGCAAAGGAAGACAAGCAAGAAAGGCAACAGAACUAUUCUAAGUGACCCAUUUCAGAAUGUCCUUCCAGCUGGUGUUCUUCCAUUAGCUUCUCCCCCCUCCCCGCCCAAUGCUGUAUUGUCUGUUCCACUGUGUCUCUUCCUGCCUACCCUCCCUCCGCCCUCAGUCAGUCUGUACAUUUCUGUCAGACAGAAGGACAGCAUUUAUUUGGCAGCACAUUCAGACUAGCCAAACAAACUCAGAAACAUGAAACAAAUACCAAAAAGCACAAAAGAAUCAAUAAAGGUGUCACAAGUAGGAUAAAAAUCCAAAAUGCAUCAAAGGGAGGCAUCUUUCUUAAUCAGUGGUUUCUCCAUUGUGGAAGAGUAGUGUGAAUCUCCAGGAUGUGGCAAGCGUGUUUUUCUCAAUUGUAGCAAUCUUUUUUAUUCUUCUUCUUGGCGGGGUUACUACUUUGCUCUGACACAGGUACUUGGAUACCUUGUUUUUUUCUACCCUUCUCUUUUCUUCUUCUUCUUAAGAGAGCUAGUUUCAAAUUGCUGCCUUUUGUGAUAAUAAAGUAGCCAGCUAUUAAAGAGGGGUGGAGCCCAUACUAUAUUCAUAUAUGAAAUGGGAAAAGAGAAAAACUAUAAAAUGUUCAUCUGUCACCAUGAGCUUUUUUUUGUAACCUGUGUGGUUAGAUCAUUGCUCAGUUCCUGUCAAGAAAAUGUGGCAAAGGUGUGUGUGUGUGGGGGAAAGCUCUUGCUUCGAAGGGGGGAGGGGAAAAAUGCUCACACAAUUGUUUCAAAUUAUUGGCUUGAAAGAGGCAUUUGCAAUAGGAGAGUCACACACCUCUCAUGAUUUGUGUUUUCCAAAUUGUGUUGUGUGGAUCAGCCUUUUUGUUUGCUUUUUUGGGGAUCUCUUGUAUCAUUUAGCUGCCAGGACCUUUUCCACUUUUUAAAAAUAUAUAUUUCCAAGGAUAAUGAGCACGAGAAAAAUAAGUCACUCACCAUAGUAGUGCAUACUCUCGUGCCACUAUGCUUCCGUGGUAUUUGUGCUGCUCAUGUGGUUGCUUCCCUCCUGCAUGAGCUUCCAGUCGCCUCUGGGCCCAUUUCUGUGCUCUCUGUUGUUCUCUCUUUAUAAAUUAUGUAUAGUACGUGUGUGUUAAAGACGUGCCUGUGUGCCAACUCUGCCCUUGCGGGCCAACAUUUCAUCAUCUGCCUACUGUGUACAGAAUAUUGCUUUUUUUGUGAAUAAAUACACCUUGAUUGCUUCGUUCUCUAUCCAGAAUCUAAUCAAAUAUUUCCGUAUUUGAUUCAGCAGUAGGCUUUCGAUUUUGAGCCAGAUGGAACUCCUGCGUGUUGGUUUGUGUGUAAGCUCCACCCACCUCGCCCUCUGUGAAUGGCAUGAGAUGUGCAUUCCAUUCUGAAUUUGCUCUGUUCACCAAAGUCAUGCUUGUAAAUUGUUUGAGCAUCUGUUCUUAGCAUCUCCUACUGCUGCUGUAUUUGCAUCUUGUUGUUAUAUAUAUAUAUAUAUAUAUUAGUCCACAGCACCUUGCUGUAGAUAUUAUAGGAAAUGGCAGUUUUAGUUCCUCAAUUAUUUUCCAGUAGGAGUGUUGAAUUUGUAAACAUUUUAUGUAGAGAUGUUCCUACAUUUGCAUUUUCUCUUCCACCCUUUUAUUUAGUUUUUUUCUUUUUUCUUCUCAGAAGAAGUGCUGUUCAUUAUGCAAAACCAAUUAUUUUAAUAAUUGCUGUUGUAAAUAUGUUUUGUGAAUAUUUUAGUAUUGUCUUUGAUUAUAAUAUUCAACAUCUUCAUGAUCUGGUUAUACAUGUAUUUUUUAAAUACAUAGUUGGAGGGGGUCUUUUCUUUUUAUAAAGGGUUCUUGGACUAAGGGAGCAUUAAUUUUUCCUUUUGAUAAAUUAGCCCUGUUAGUUUUUCAAACAAAUGCAAUACAUCUGGCCAGUGUCCUGAGAUGCCCUGCAAAGAAAUUGUUAUGAACAAGGAAAAGUGACUUGUCUUAACCUAAAUCACUGUAGACUUCUGCUCUGUAGACAAAGAAGCUGCUUUUAAGGCUUUCACUUCUGUCCCUCUGAAAAUGAUGGCCUAUGCAUAAAGAGGGAAGAGCAGUACAGAAUAUACUUUCUUAUCCUAUAUAUACAUUGUAAAAGAUCUCUGCUUUUGGACACCUGGUGCCACAAUUAUUCUAUGGUGGCACAACUGAGAUGGGACACCACUGUGACACUGACGUCUAGAGCUUCCUUCCAUUAGAAAUGCAUUUUGUUUUUUGUUUACUGUAACAGGUUUCUCCUGUAUUUUUCUGCAACAUUUACAUAACUAUUGACAUCAUUUGCAUGAGCAGCUAUGAUGGAGUUGACUUUGUAUUGUUCCAUUCUUAGCUUUUUUUAAAGCCUCAACACACACAACCUAUGAGCUCUAAAUGUAAUGCAGCACACUACUUAUAGCCAUGUAUAGUAGCCCACCAGUAGGGCUGUUUAUCCAAAAAGGGAAAUUGUCCACUGAAUACCAGCUGCUGGGAAUCACAAGUGGGGAGAGGGCUUUUGUGCUCAUGCCCUGCUUGUGGGCUUGCCUUGGGCAUCUGGUUGGUCACUGUGAGAACAGAAUGCUGGAUUAGAUGAGCCGUUGGCCUGAUCCAGCAGGUUCUUCUUAUGUUCAUAUGUCAAGUACCUGGUAGGCUACAAUAUGGGGCUGGUAGCCUGCAUUCAGUUUGAUGGGUCACGUUGUGCAGGCCUGUGUUAAGCCAUAUACUGUGUUUUGCUUCUUCCGCUUCUGUUACUGAUUUUAUAGCACUGUUCCUCUACAGUUGAAUAAGCAUGUAGCUAAACUAGUUCCUUGAAAUUGUUUUUUUUUUUCUGUUUAACUGGAAACAACCAUUUCAAAAUCAGAUGUAUUGAAGACUAGUAUUUGCUGAUGGCAAUCAUAUAUAUCAUAUAAGAAAGUUCCUGUUGAGGCAUAAGAAGAGAAUCACCUGAGACAAACACAUUUGGUAUAAAGCUAUCCAUCAUUUGAUGACAUCUUUUCUCUAGUAACAAUUAAAUGUACAUUUUGACAGCUGCAGAUUUCUUCUGUAUGGAUUAGGUCUGUAGAAAGACACACCAAUUGACUAAGCACAAGGGCUACCUGAGCUGUGUUUGUAAAUGGAUAAAAGCAGCUGCUGAGAUCCAACCAUGUACUUGCUUCAUAUUUUAUCAAAGGGCAUAUUUAUCAAAGAGGUCACCUUUGUGAAGUCAGCCCCAAAUGCCCCCAACAUCCUCUCUCUCUCUCUCUCUCUCCCCCCCCACACAUACACACAAACAAACUCAUCAGCAUCUUAUUAAAUUACUGGGACUUUUUUAGCAUAGACAAAAUUUAAAAAGCUUAAUUUUUAAUCUGUUCAUGCCAUCAUAUUAGAAUGUGGAGAAAACCUAUUAAAUAACAGUGCAAUCCUAUGCAUGUCUACUCAGAAGCAAAACUCACUGAGUUCAGUGGCCCAGGUAAGUGGUUAUAGGGUUGCUUAUUAAAUCUGUAAUCCUAUACACACUUCACUGGGAAUAAGCCCUAGUGAAUGCUUCUGAGUAGACAUACGUAAAAUUGUGUUGUCAAUUAGUUGUUUUGUGUUGAAGGGCAAAAUUACAUCACCAAAGUAUUUUUUUUUAAUAUCUUGUUUCAGGGGCAUUUUUAAAAAUUGUUUCCCUAUAGACAUCCACCUGGAAAAGAACCCGCAGAGAUUUAUAGUUCUACUGCCAAGACAUUAUUAUUGUUGUUAUUAUUAUUAUUAUUAUUAUAGGAUUAUGAAAACACACUAAUGUCUGCAGUGGAGACUCCAGGGACAUCUGUACAUAUGUAAAUGGCAAAUAGAGACAUGUUAACAGAAAUGCAUUCAUUUUCCUUGGAAUGUGCAUUGUUUUUAUUUCAGAGGAGAAAAAAAUAAAGCUUGGAGAUCCAUCUUAUGUGGAAAAUGAAUCCUGUUUGUUAGCGUUUGUGAAGUCUCCACAUUUGUUUCCCUUCUUGUAAUAUACUCUGGCUCCUUUGUGAAAAGAAUUUUUGUUGCAUUUUUUUGUUUUCCCUUCAUGUAAUAAUUAGCUUAAGUGUACUAGUCUUAUCACCUGUGUAUUUUUAGGGUGCUACAAAAAUAAUGAAGAAAAUAAGGGGAUUAAAUAAUAAAAAAGAUUGUAACCAAAUUCAUACUUUGUACAAUUUUUUGAUAUUGUGGCCAGAGGAGAAUUUUAAAAGAAGUACAAUCUGAAUUAACAUGCAAAAAUGACCAUUGUCUUUGUUUGUACAUUGUAUGUACAGUACAAUGCAAUCAUUUCAUACUUUGAAACUGGUCAGAAAAAAAUAAUUGUGAUUUUUAGUCUUGGAAAAACUGUAUGUAGUUAGAUGAUGUGACAACCUAAUAUUUAUCUAAUAAAUAUGUAUUCAAAUGAAACCUGUAUAUUAGGUGUUCAUGUGGUUAUUUUGUAUUUAAAAAGAUCAGAUUGACAAU